AUGGAAGCCACCAACUUCGCAAACCGCCAUGAAAUACUUGGGGUAGGAACUCAUAGCUCUCCUAUAUCUAACCACACUCCUCGCCGAACAGACGAUAUAACCAACAACACGGUGAGCCCAGGACCGACGCUGCGUGAAAACACCGGCACUCGCGACUUUGCACACGACCCAGGUAACAACGUCACCUCGCCAAUUCCCAACUCCAAGUCCGAGGAGGCAAGGAUGAAUGUUGCGCGGUCCACUGAGAUAGGCGACCCGAACGGCCGCAUCCCCACUGCUCAGGACACGCAUAACCAGCUGAACGCUGCCCAAAGCGAGUUGGCAGCUGCCCAGAGGAACGAGCCGUCAGAUGCAUCUUCCCACAUCGUCCACGGUGUACCUCGAACCCACAUGGGCGACGCAGAUGCUGGCGUCUCGACGUCGGAGCGCGGACAUCGUAACAGCAACUACGCCCCCGGCUACGAGGGCGCCGCCGACGCAGUUAGGCAGAAAUCAUACAAUGCCGACGAGCAUCGCCCAUCACUGCUAGCUCAUGAGCCUGUCACACCCUUGUCAGAGGUCCCGCCCGACCUGGGCAACAACACCCAGCAGACCUCUUCCAAUCAAGGGCCGGGUAGGAUUCCCGGUCCAAGCAUUGGCCAGAAGGCCAAGGCUCCCUUUGCUAAGAUCCAUGGUGCUGGAGAGGUGCUCCGGGGAAAUCUCGCCGCCGCCGCCGACAGCUUCACGGGGGACACGGCCAAGCAGGCCAAGGAUGAGGCAAUCGUGAGGAAGGGACAGGAGGAGUUCACGCAUGGAAGGUUCGACAAGGCUCAGACGUCACGGAAGGUCGUUGGAUUCUUUGCCUGGGCAAACGGUGCUGGAGAGGUCAUCCGCGGCAGGGUCAACGCCAGCAUCGCAAAAGUGAUUGGAGAGGAGGAGACUCAGAAGAUUGAGGAGGAGACGGCGAGGAGAGGCAAGAGGGAGAUGAUCAACCAGGAAUUUGAACCGGCGCCCCCUCCCUUGCCUCCGAGGGAGAGGAGGGUGUCGAAAAGGGCAGAGAAGAAAGCGAAGAAGCGGGAUAAGUCAUCGGAGUGA